AUGGCGAAGAUUUUUAAACCAGGAAAGGUUGCAUUAGUCACUCGUGGUCGUUUUGCCGGUAAGAAGGUUGUCAUCCUUCAAAACCUCGACCAAGGCACCAAGGCCCACCCUUUCAGUCAUGCUGUUGUUGCUGGUGUUGAGCGUUAUCCUUUGAAGGUCACCAAGUCUAUGGGUGCCAAGCGUAUUGCCAAGCGCUCUCGCGUAAAGCCUUUCGUCAGAGUUGUUAACUUCAACCACUUGAUGCCCACUCGUUACGCCCUUGAGCUUGACAGCCUUAAGGGACUUGUCUCUGCUGAGACCUUCAAGGAACCUUCCCAGCGCUCUGCCGCCAAGAAGGUCGUCAAGAAGACUUUUGAAGAGAAGUACCAAACCGGAAAGUCCGCCUGGUUCUUCACCCCUUUGCGCUUCUAA